AUGUCAAAAGCUUUAGUCAGUUUCACAUCUCCCACUGAAAAUGGCACCAAAAUAGCCAUGAUACCUGCAGUGGCGAAUAGAAAAGCUUUUACAAUCAAUCUGGAUUACCAGGCGAAAGAUGCCGAAAUCAUGCUAAUAAGCUCGGAUAAUGUGCAAUUUAAGGUACAUGGGUAUAUGCUGAAAGCGCAUAGCGUGGUCCUUCGAGAUCUUCUGGACGAUCCUCAAAUGAUAUCAUCUCCAAUCCCGAUUGACGUCAGCUCUCGCGAUCUUAAACGAUUCCUGGACCUUAUGUAUGUAGCAAAACCAAUUAUACCAUUUUCAUGGGUCGAGACCAAAACGCUCCUCGACCUAUGCGACAGAUACGAUUGUCAUCUGAUCCACGAACGGAUUCGAACGAGACUUAAUCCACAUGCCGAACAAGCCCCAUGGGAGACCUUUUGUCUUGCAAGUCAUUUUAACGAUUUGGAAUUGGCCAAGAGUUCUUUGGUGUUUAUGGGUAGAGAUUCAAAGAGGAGAUGGUUUAGUAUACGGAUGAUUUCGAUAAAUGAUGCAACUCAGCCUACUUUACCUUAUUUGAUGGGGUUGUUGAGAACCGUGGAUAUGGUUUAUAGAGGUCAGCCACCUAGUCCUGCUAGUAGGGAGGGACCGCAAUGGGAGCUGGUGGCUAGUAAAUUUCAGUUGUUAUCGUAA